GCUAUCGAUAUUGUACUCGUACCUCAAUUUUGGAUCUUGGACCCCUCGUAGAUUUCUAGACAACUUCACGUCUCAACUGGAGGUAUAUCCUCAUCCAAUCUCGCAUUUCUGGCCGCCAAAUGUUGGAAGUGCAACACGCUUGAAUCCUCCAUAACCUACGCCGUACGCUGCGGCCGUCACAGUACAACCAACGAUGGACCGCGUACGCACCAUCUUCCACAGUCCAGAUGCCGAGCAAGAGUAUGAGCCUCUGGAGGAGGAUGAAGAGGUUCGACGACCAGUCUUCAUUCUUCCCGAUGAGGGCAAGACUGCAGAGCCUUACUCGCGAACGGAGUAUUUCAUCUUCAUAAUGCUUGGAAUCUCGCAGCUUUGGGCAUGGUACGUUGUACCAUCCUCUGUACGGGUACAUCCUCAGCUAACACUACCACAGGAACAUGUUCUUAGCAGCAGCUCCUUACUUUCAAUCCCGAUUUCGAGAUAACAAACAGAUCCUCGAUUCUUUCCAAUCUGCCAUCGUUUCGGUCGGCUGCGUUACCAAUCUCCUCUCCACCCUGAUUCUCUCCCGUUUACAACUGAAGGCCGACUACCCAAGACGCAUCAUCGUGGCGCUACUUACAAACCUGGCGGUCUUUACUCUCCUCAGCAUUUCCACCGUCUUUACCGAUAUGUCGUCUGUUUCGUACUUGUCUUUUACAUUGUUCAUGGUUUUCUCAACUUCCGUGGCAACGGGGCUCUGUCAAAAUGGAGCAUUUGCUUUUGCGUCGAGUUUUGGAAGACCGGAAUACAUACAGGGUAUCAUGACUGGCCAGGCAAUAGCUGGUGUUCUUCCCGUGAUUGCGCAGAUUGCCUCUGUUUGGGCCAUGCCAAAAGGAGACAGAUCGAGUGCUGAGUUGCAAGUAUUAGCAGAAGCACGAACGACCAAGAAUUCCGCGUUCAUAUAUUUUCUUACUGCGGCCGCUGUCAGUGUCAUUACGCUAUUUGUUACUAUGCCUCUUGUGCGGAAACAUAAAAGAAUUACAGCUUUGAACAUGCUGUCGUCGAUUGAUACCCUCGAGGAAUCUCGCAGAUCCGUAGGCAUGAGAGAGCUUUACAGAAAGCUCUUCUGGCUUGCAGCAUCGGUGUUCAUGUGUUUUGCAGUCACAAUGUUCUUCCCAGUCUUCACAUCGAAGGUCCUAUCCGUUGUGCCUGAAGCCAAAGCACCUCGCGGUCUCACACCACCAGUUUUCAUUCCCCUUGGAUUUCUGGUAUGGAAUGUUGGAGAUCUUGCCGGUCGACUUAGCACGGGAAUACCCUAUUUUGUCACCACUAGGCCACGACUACUCUUUUUCUAUUCCGUCCUCCGGAUUGGAUUUCUACCACUCUAUUACUUGUGCAAUAUCGAUGGCAAGGGUGCAAUCAUCAAAAGCGAUGUAUUCUACCUUGGUAUCGUCCAAUUGUUUUUCGGAGCUACAAACGGCUGGCUUGGAAGUCUUUGUAUGAUGGACGCAGGGAAGUGGGUUGAAGAAGAGGAGCGAGAAGCUGCGGGAUCAUUUAUGGUUCUCAAUCUAGUAGGUGGAUUGACCGCGGGAUCUCUGCUCAGUUUCGCCGUUGCGAAUGCUCAUUAAUGUAACAACAUUCUGUUUUGCUUGAUUCUGUUUGUUUCUUUCGGAGUUCAUUUGCAUUGGCUGGCGUUUUCAUCUGGCUAGAUUUUCUUUCGAAGCGGAACCAUGGUACACGGUCAGGCAUCGUAUCUUGGUUGUCAAAAUUACCGGAGCAGUUUCUAUUGCUGAAAAUACUUCCAAGGAGUACUUC